UCUAAUCAUUUUCUUUUUUCUUCCUUCUUAUGGCUAAGUUUUUUAUAUCCUAUGGUUAUAAUCUUAUUAUUUUCUUUAUUAUUAGUCAUUUAAUGUCCAUUUUAGGAAAUUUAAAUCCAUGGAAUCCUUCAAUUCCUUUUGAAAUUCUUUCACUUAAUAUUUCAUCAAAACUUAGUAUAAAUUCUCAUGCUAUUAAAGAAUCUUCCAAAGAUUUUGGAAAGAUCAUUCAAGAAAUAUUACCAGCUGCUCUUCUUUAUCCUUCUUGUGUUAAUGACAUAAUUGACCUCAUUCAAUUUUCUUAUGGCCUUUCUAUCCCUUUUCAUAUUGCAGCCAAAGGUCAUGGACAUUCCAUUAGGGGACAAGCCAUGGCAAAAAAUGGGGUAAUUGUGGAAAUGAAUACUUUAAAUAAUAAUAAUAAUAAUAAUAAUAAUAAUAAUAAUAAUAAUAAUAAUGAAAAUUAUGGUGUUAGGGUUUCUUGGGAUUCGAAUUUAGGGUUUUACGCGGAUGUUGGAGGUGAACAAUUAUGGAUUGAUGUUCUUACUUGCACCCUGGAAUAUGGCUUAGCACCUAUUUCAUGGACAGAUUAUUUGUACCUUACCGUUGGUGGUACUCUCUCUAAUGCUGGAAUUAGUGGUCAAAAUUUCCGACAUGGUCCUCAAAUAAGUAAUGUUCAUGAGAUGGAUGUUAUUACAGGUAAAGGGGAACUAGUGACUUGCUCCAAAGAUAUGAAUUCAGAAUUGUUUUUUGGAGUUUUAGGAGGUUUGGGACAGUUUGGAAUAAUAACCAGAGCAAGAAUUGUCUUGGAUAAAGCCCCAACAAGAGUAAGUAUGAUUGUAUUUGACCGAACACGAAAUAAGGAGGAGAAAAAAAGACUUUUAGAAUUGUCUGAAAAUGUACAGGAAUUGAAGAAGUUGGUAAAAGGAUUGAAGUAUUUAGGUGGAUUUAUGUUCAAGAAAAAUGUGAGUUUUGUGGAAUUUUUGAAUAGAGUUAGAAGUGGGGAAUUAGAGUUACAAUCAAAAGGGAUGUGGGAUGUUCCACAUCCAUGGCUCAAUUUGUUUGUACCCAAGUCAUCUAUCCUGCAUUUUAAUGCUGCUGUUUUUGUGGACAUCAUCCUCAGACAAAACAAGACAACUGGACCCAUACUUGUCUACCCAACAAGUCGGAAAAGAUGGGAUGAUAGGAUGUCAGCCACGAUACCAGAAGAGGAAACAUUUUAUUGUGUGGGAUUUUUACAUUCUUCAAGUGGAUAUAACGAAUGCAAAAUUUUGGAUGAUCAAAAUGAAGAAAUAUUAGAUUAUUGUGAUAAAGUUGGCCUCAACGUAAAGCAAUAUCUUCCACAUUACAAGACAAAAGAGGAAUGGAUCAAGCAUUUUGGUAAAAAAUGGAAUAUUUUUCAACAAAGAAAAGAACUAUUUGAUCCCAAGAUGAUUCUAUCACCGGGACAAAGAAUUUUUAAUUAGCUUCUUUUCACCAAUAAAUGGUAGGAUAUAAGCAUAGGGAGUAAAAGAUAGGCAUAUAUCUCGUAAAAUCAGUCAAGUAGAUAAAAAUUGACUCAAACAUCAGAGUCAUUAAAAACAAGCAUGGGUAGAAGGGGGAGGGGUGUACUUAGUUGUAUUGAGCUACUAAUUCUAAAAAUAGUCAAGUUUUUAAUAGUUUGAGUUGAUGUAUUUUUUAUUUUAUUUUUGGUGUUUUGAAAGAUAAAUUAGAUGAUGUAAAGCUUUUUAGCUACCAUAAUUUUACUAUGUCUCAAGUCUUUUUGAUAUAUUUGAUAUAAUUAA